AUGAAAUUCGAUUGUUUCGGGCGCAACGAAUGCGAAAACGAUGGACAAUGUUUUCAAGAUUCACCCGUUUGUCCCAGACGAUCGAUCUGUGUCUGUUCUCUAUGCCACUACGGAAGUCGAUGUCAAUUUACAACGAGCGAGUUCGGCUUGUCACUCGACGCUAUUCUAGCUUACUAUAUCAUUCCCGAUGCUAAUAUUUUUCAUCAAACACCCAUUGUGAAACUCAGCUUUUCAUUGACGAUCGUAUUUAUUAUUUUAGGAUUGAUUAAUGGAACUCUUUCAUUUGUCACAUUCAAAAACAAACGUGUACUGACAGUUGGUUGUGGAAUAUAUUUAUUAAGUUUGUCGAUAAUCACGAUCUGCACGAUGAUUUUAUUUGGGCUAAAGUACUUUAUUUACCUGUCGAGUCAAAUCACGAUACCAUCGAACAUCUCGUUCCUACGAAUGCAAUGUUCUUCUUUAGAUUUUCUUCUACAGGUUUGUCUUCAUAUGGAUCAGUGGUUAACAGCAUGCAUUGCGAUAGAGAGAGUAAUGACUGUGAUUCGAGGUGUUCAUUUCGAGAAAGACAAAAGUAAAACGUGGGCGAAAAAGAUACUAAUUAUACUUUUGAUUGCUGUUAUGUUAACAUCAUUACAUGAUCCGCUCCAUCGUCGAUUAUUUGAAGAGCAAGAUAAUGAUAAUAAGAGACGAAUUUGGUGCAUCGUAAGUUAUUCUCCGAAAAUGCAAACCUACAAUCGAAUUAUCAAUACGCUGCACUUUUUUAUUCCAUUUCUUGUCAAUUUGAUAUCAUCGAUUAUUUUAAUCACCAAAAAAUCACAUCACCAUUCGUCUUUACAACAUNAUCCUCCUUGCUCGCGUAAAAAAACCUUAUGUCGACAAUUCGCUGAGCAUCGGCAUCUAUUAGCGGCACCUGUUAUACUAUUCUUUCUCGGGCUGCCACGACUGUUUCUUUCCUACGUAUCCAAAUGUAUGAAUUCCGCGAAAGAUUCAUGGAUGUUUCUCUGCGGAUAUUUCAUUUCUUUUAUUCCGCCGAUGAUUACUUUUCUCAUCUUUGUUCUGCCAUCUAAAUUCUAUAGAGAAGAAUGGCGAAAGUCAAUUCGUUGGCGACCAAACCACAUCUUUCCGAACUGA